AUGCAAGCUAAUAGCACUUGCAGUUAUGGGCUCAGUCCGUACCCGGACUCUACAACCAAUGCGCUCAAUCCUUGCUUUGUUUCGCUUGUGUCAGCAAUCCAAGCUGCGCUUUUUGCAAUUAUCGGCGUAGUGCAGUUGGUUAUGUUGCGGCGUGAACGUCGUGUACCCUCAUCAUUCAGGUACUCAUCGUUUGUGAAAUCAUUGUCCACAAAGCAUAUGCUGCAUCUUUCCAAUGUGGUCUUACAAUCAUUUUUGCUGCUUUGCCUGCUGGCGGUGGCACCAAGCUACACUCCGUAUAUUACGCGAUGGAACUUGUUAGCUCACAUGCUAUAUGUGGCGUUAAUCUCUCUACCGACUGAGUAUCUCCAGUUCUAUAAGUCUACUGCGGCACUUGGAGGGCAACUCUUCUACUAUCUUGGCCAAGCCUUGCUUUUCGGUUUCGCAUUGGGACAAAGAAUUGCCCAUUAUCCUGAUGAAAGAUAUAACAUCGUGCCCGGAGAAUAUGGUGCUUUGUUGGAAGUUGGGCUCCUCUGUAAUACUGUGGCAAUUUUCUUUUACGACUUAUGCAGCUACAAACCGUCUCAGGAGCUUCUGGAUUAUUACGAAGACGAGAAGUUAUACCCUGAAUGUAACGUUUUCGCUAAUUUGACUUUCACAUGGAUGAACAAGCUUAUAACGCAGACCUAUCACGAUGGGAAAAUUGUGGACCCAAGAAAAAUGCCCCUUCCACCUAUUGAUCUUGACAUUCGUGAGAAAACUGCGAGGCUGGGGUCUAACUGGGAAACAGAAAAAUGGAAUGAACGCAAAUCUUUGGUUAAAGCUAUUCUACGCUCAUUUGGUAAAACCAUCUUCACUGCAAUCUUCCUGGAAACUAUAAAGGACAUUAUUACGGUUAUUCAGCCUCAGUUGUUGAAAUUCUUUAUCCAGCAUUUCAACCAAGAUGAAAUUCAAAAUUACCCCCCCUUGAAUGGAUUUUUCAUUGCCUUGGGUCUAUUUUCGAUGAGUAUUGUCAGAACUCUCUUGUCGAAUCAGUUUUUUAUUAUGAUUUUUGAAGCAGGUAUGAGCAUUAGAGGUGCGCUAAUGGCAAUGAUUUAUGAAAAAUCUCUAAAACUAUCCAGUGGUGCCCGUGAAGGGAAAACAGCUGGAGAUAUUCUCAACUUAAUGUCUGUUGAUGUGUUCAGAAUCCAAAGAUUCUUCGAGAAUUCGCAGGUAAUGAUAGGCUCACCAAUUCAGCUUGUGAUUGUUCUCAUUUCAUUGUAUAGUUUAUUGGGCUAUGCAACAAUUGGUGGUCUGGUAACUAUGGCUAUCAUGAUCCCCAUCAAUUCCUUCCUUUCGAGAAAAAUCAAAGGUUUGUACAAGACUCAAAUGAAAUAUAAAGAUGCAAGAAUCAAGACCAUCACGGAAAUUUUGAAUUCAGUUAAAAGCAUCAAGCUUUACGCGUGGGAAGAUGCCAUGUUAAAAAGAUUAGAUCAUGUCCGUAAUGAUUUGGAGCUAGCCAACUUCAAGAAAAUUGGAAUCGUUAACAAUUUCAUUAUCUUUGCCUGGAACUGUGUCCCAUUAAUGGUUACUUGUUCAACAUUUGCCAUUUUUGCGCUAACAAUGGAUGUACCUCUUUCGCCACAAAUCGUUUUUCCCGCUCUUGCUCUUUUCAACAUUUUGAAUGAUUGCAUUUAUUCUAUCCCAUCCAUGAUAACAAAUUUCAUUGAGACAGGUGUAUCAUUGAAUAGACUUAAGGACUUUCUGCUUGCAGAAGAAUUGGAUGAAUCUUUCAUUGAACACAUUCCUUCAUCAGAUGCGGAUAUUCCUGCCAUUGAAAUUACCAAUGCGACCUUUCUCUGGAAAAGGGUAAAGCCUGUAAAUGAGAAUCAAGCGUAUGAUGAAGAAGAGAGUAUCGAAACGACCCGCGUUGCUUUGAAAAAUAUUAAUCAUUUCGAAGCAAAGAAGGGACAAUUUGUGUGUAUAGUCGGAAGGGUGGGGUCUGGUAAGUCAACGUUCUUAAACGCACUAUUAGGUCAACUACCAUGCAUUAGCGGCUCGGUCCCUAAUGCUCCUCCAAGAAUGAGAGUUGCGGCUAGCUCUGUUGCCUAUUGUCCACAGCAAGCAUGGAUUAUGAACGCUUCAUUGAAAGACAAUAUUGUGUUUGGAUACCGAUUUGAUGAACAAUAUUAUAAGGCGACCCUGAAAGCUUGUCAACUUUUGCCUGAUUUGGAUAUUUUACCUGACGGUGACGAAACAUUAGUGGGCGAAAAAGGUAUAUCGUUGUCUGGUGGACAAAAGGCCAGGUUAUCUUUAGCCAGGGCAGUGUAUGCGAGAGCUGACAUUUAUUUACUGGAUGACAUCUUAAGUGCAGUUGAUGCUGAAGUGAGUAAAAAUAUUAUUGAUGAGGUUUUGGACAAAAAAACAGGUCUACUUAAAAAUAAAACCGUUAUUUUGACAACAAACUCUAUCCCUGUUCUUAGACAUUGUCAAAGUAUAUAUGCUUUAGAAAACGGGGAAAUUGUGGAGAGUGGUUCUUUCGAAGAUGUCAUGAAACGUGACUCUACUUCGACUUUGAAGAAGCUAGUUGAAGAGUUUGACUCUAACGAAAAGUCGAGCACAUCUGUUAGCGAUGAAGAAAUUGAAGCUACAGAACAAGAGGAAAAGACGGAACAAAACAUUCCAGACGUUGUAAAUACCCUUGGAACGGACUCGAGCGAUGAUAUUGCAGAAUCUGUUCGUUCGCUUGAAAUUAAUGGGGUCAAUUUAACCUCAUUGCAAUCAAGAAGGGCGUCUGUAGCGACGUUCAAGCCUCGUCCGAUUAUCGAUUUAAACGCUGACAAAAGGAAAACAGCACAAAAGGAAGAGAACAAAGAGGAAGGCAGAGUCAAGGCCUCUGUAUAUGUCGCAUAUGUCAAAGCUUGCGGUGUUGCUGGGGUCGUGCUAUUUUUCUUAUUUAUCAUUUUUGGAAGAGUAUUUGAUUUGGCAGAAAGCUUCUGGCUAAAGCACUGGGCUGAAUCCAAUGCAAGAGACGGUAAAAACAGCAAUGUAGCUUUCUUUGUGGGAAUAUAUGCUGCUAUCGCUGUUGGAUCAAGUAUGUUCAAUACACUAAGAGGUAUAAUUCUUUUGGUAUAUUGUUCUAUCAGAGGUUCUAAGAAAAUGCACGAUACAAUGGCUAGGGCAGUUCUAAGGAGUCCAAUGAGUUUCUUUGAAACAACACCGGUGGGAAGAAUCAUUAAUAGAUUUUCAAGUGAUAUUAAUUCAGUGGAUGAAGGUUUACAGUUCAUGUUCAAUUUCUUCUUCUAUUCUAUAUUGAAUUAUGCAGCCACUGUCAUCUUGAUUGGUUAUAACAUGCCUUGGUUUUUGGUGGUGAAUGGUUUAUUGAUUAUCUUGUACUUAUACUACCAAGUUUAUUACAUCACAUUAAGCAGAGAGUUGAAGCGUUUAAUGAGUAUAUCCAUUUCUCCAAUCAUGUCUUUAUUGAGUGAAACUCUCGCCGGACACACAGUUAUCAAUGCUUACAAACAUCUCGACAGAUUCGAUUACUUGAAUUUCGAGAAUGUUCAGUUCAACAUCGACUGUAUGUUCAAUUUCAGGUCUACUAAUAGAUGGCUAUCUGUUCGCUUAGAGUCUAUUGGUGCUUUUCUGGUGUUAACGACUGCGCUACUAUCUCUGGCGACACUCGGGACUUCUCAUCCUAUUAGUUCAGGUAUGAUAGGUCUUUUAAUGACUUACGCUUUGGAAGUUACUUCGUCGUUGAUGUGGAUAGUUCGGAUGUCCGUCCAAAUUGAGACUAACAUUGUUUCGGUUGAAAGAAUUGUGGAGUACUGUGAUUUACCUCCUGAGGCGCCUCCAGUUAUUCAAGAUCGUAGACCUGAAGAUAACUGGCCCUCUCAAGGUAUGAUCAAGUUUGACCACUACACAACGAAAUAUAGGGCCAAUUUAGAUCCAGUUCUCAAAGAUAUUAACGUCGAAAUCAAACCCCAAGAAAAGAUUGGUAUCGUUGGUAGAACUGGUGCAGGUAAGUCGACAUUGACACUUGCACUAUUCAGAAUUUUGGAACCAACCAGCGGGACGAUUAUAGUGGAUGGUGUCGAUAUAUCGAAAAUUGGUCUAGCAGAUUUACGAAGUAACUUGGCGAUUAUACCUCAAGACGCCCAGGCUUUUGAGGGAACGGUCAGGUCAAACCUAGACCCAUUCGAUCAACAUACUGAUGAGGAAAUUUGGAAUGCUCUCGAACUUUCUCAUCUCAAACCUCACAUUUUAAAGAUGGGAGGUGAAGAUGAUACGGAAGAUAAGCCCGAAAAUCUGCUGCUGUCAAAAAUCACCGAUAAUGGUAGCAACUUGUCAGUUGGACAAAGGCAGCUAUUAUGUUUAUCAAGGGCGUUAUUGAACCAAUCAAAGAUCUUGGUUCUCGACGAAGCAACUGCUGCUGUAGACUUUGAGACUGAUAGAUUCAUUCAAGAGACCAUUAGGGGUGCCCUCAGCGACCGGACAAUCUUAACUAUCGCACAUAGAAUUGACACUGUUAUGGAUAGCGACAAAAUUAUGGUGUUAGAUAAGGGUGAAGUAAAGGAGUUCGAUUCGCCAGCCAAUUUAUUGGCCAAUAAAGAGAGCAUUUUCUACAAUCUAUGUGAAAAAGGUGGUUAUUUGAACGAUCAAAAGAACACCCAAAAGAAUUGA